UCACUUAAACUACACAUUAAGGAUUUCUGUUUUUUAUAUAUCGAGGGGGAACAUAAAUAUUUAAACCCUGAACGCACCUUGCAUAGUUAAUGAUUCAAGCGUGCUCUUAAAGUUUCAUGUGGUCUAAUAUAUCCGCCUCCUGUUGCUCUUCGGGGCUGGGAUUUACUGAGAGCACUUAAAGGCAGCAGGAGGAACAGGAAAUGAAGGCUCUGUUGUGGAGAAACAUUUUGCUCCGAGCAGACGGUGCAACACGUAGCCUUUCAUCCGUCCUGCCAGAUCAUCUUCUCCACCAUGGACAACCUAGAGGAGGACCUGACAUGCUCUGUGUGCUACUCUCUGUUCUCUGACCCUCGAGUGCUGCCGUGCUCUCACACCUUCUGUAAGACCUGCCUGGACAACUUGCUCCGGACGUCCACAAACUAUUCCAUCUGGCGUCCGCUCCGUCAGCCGCUAAAAUGCCCCAACUGUCGCAGCGUGAUGGAGCUGCCUGUGACCGGCGUCGACGCUCUGCCGACCAACGUGUCUCUCCGGGCCAUCAUCGAGAAAUACCAGAGUGACUGUGAGCCACGACCUCCGUCCUGUCAGGAGCACAUCAGGCAGCCUCUGAAUAUGUACUGCAUCCAGGACCGCCAGCUGAUCUGUGGGCUCUGCCUGACCGUCGGGCAGCACCAGGGUCAUCCCAUAGACGACCUGCAGGCGGCUUUCAUCAGAGAGAAGCAGACGCCAUCGUUACUGCUGACCAGACUCUCUGACCAGAGAUGGGCACAGGUGUGUGAGCUCACGGAGCAGCUGGAGCAGGAGAAGGCUCGCUGUGAGGCUCUGGUGAGGCAGGACAGACAGGAAGUGAAUCAGUUUUUUCAGACGCUAAAGGUGGUGUUGGCCAAGAAGAGACAAGCGUACCUGGAGGCGCUGGACAAAGCUGGUGCUGAGGUUUCCCGGGCCUACGACCCACUCAUCCACAGAGUGAAGGAAAUACAGGAGAAACAGCUGGACCUGGUGUCUCUGGGCUCGUCAGUGGAGGAGGAGGAGUCGCCGCUGGUCUUCCUGGAGAAGGCGCAUCUGCUCAGAGAGAGGGUUGAGGAGUUUCUGAAGACCCCGCUGCCCUCGGUGAUAAACGUCAGCGUCACACCGCGGGCAGCAGACUACCUUCAGCAGCACUGGCCUGCUGUGACCAUCGGGAGCCUGGAGGAAGCACCUGUUCCUAAGGUGAGCUGCUGUGGCAGAUGUGGUGGCGUGGAGGCCGACAGCCCGGUGCAGGAGCUGUGGUGUAAACCCACUUCUUCUGUGGUGCUGCUGGGGCUGCUGCUGCUGCUGGCGGCGUUGUGGUUGGACCCAGUGGGUGGGGCGUCGCUCGGCUUCUCUCUGUUGUCUCGGUUCAGUCAGUUCGUCCACGGCCUGAGUAGCGAAGUCAUCACAUCUGUCUGGGACACGGCGGUGUCGGCAUACACAGUGAUGGAGGCGGCUGUGGAGAGUUGGAGCACGCAGCUGUCCUCGGUCGGGGAAAAGGUUUUCCAGCAGUUAGGCUGUUUAACUGCAUAACAACACCAAACUGAAACCCUUUCCCCUUUUAUUUAGAAACUGAGAAAAAUAUUUGAAAUAGCUGCUAUUUAUUUUGGUCUUCGACAGAAACGUGGUUGUCUGAGUUUGGGCUUUAUUUUUAGAUGAAGAGCAACACUGACCCUGAUGUAGCGACACUAGUGUGAAUACACCAUAAUGCCUUGCAGGUCCGCUUCCUUUCUUUUAGUUAAUCAUCAACUGAACUUGCAGAAGAUCAAUAAGUGAACAUCACAAAUGUAACUUAAAGCAGAAUGAGUGCAAACGGUUUCAUCACAAAAUACCUCUUUUUAUAAUUGUAUUAACGUUCACAUUUACUUCAGGUGUUAAUAUUUAAUCUGAGGGUGGAUUCUAUCCUGUAGCUCCAUUUCAAAAAUGUCCAGGGGUUUUAUGAGGAUUGAGGAAAAAGCCUCAGAUAUGACAUCAUAUCCACGUUUGCGAGAGCAGCACAGAAAAUGUGAGAAAUGCUUUUACGCUCUUAAGAGAAUGAAUUUAAUUCGUGUGUUUUUAUGAACCAAAUCGUGUCAAUAACUGUUUUGUUCUUUGGCUUCUAGUAUUUUAGAUGAUCUACACACAGCCUGACUUAUAAAUUAUGAUAAUCCCAACAAAGACAUACGGUUUUAGAAAAGCAAAGUGGAGCCUUAGAUGUGAAAUUGGUGCCUGGAGACUAUUUAGUCGCCUUUCCCAUCAUGCAGUGGAGCAUUUCAGUAUCGGAGCAGUAUGUGAAGUAGAUCCUGCUGAGUGGAAGCAGACGCACAGUGGAUCUGACCUGAAGCCUCCACAGAUCAUGUUGCAGUGAUGCUGAGUGGCCCCCAGACUGUGCCUUUUACCCAUCAUGCCUUUACCUCAGCUGCACCUGAUAGUUUUAAGUAGUGGACUGAUUUUUCCAUCAGGACCAAAACGACUUCCUCAGGACUAAAAUAGCGUAAUGGAACACGGUCUAUUUAAAAAAAUAUACGGCCUUGGGAAAAGCUUCACCGGCACAACUGUGUCCCACAAAUGUUACAGCAUUUAACUCGAGCACACUUUCACUUACUAUCAAAUGUUCUAUUGUUGUAUUUUUAUAAAUGUUUUCUCUUUUCCUGUAUUUAAAAUAAA